AUGGCCGCCUUCCUCCCCCUCCUGCUGCUCGCCGUCGCGGCCAAUGCCGCCUUGCUGGUGUCCCCGUCGCUCGGGCUCAACCAGGACGGCCUCUACCUGCUCGACGCCAAGCGCGCGCUUACCGCCUCCGCGCUCGCGGACUGGAACCCCCGCGACGCCACGCCCUGCGGCUGGACGGGCGUCUCCUGCGUCGACGGCGCCGUCACGGAGGUCUCGCUCCCCAACGCCAACCUCAACGGCUCCUUCCCCGCCGCGCUCUGCCGCCUCCCGCGCCUCCAGUCCCUCAACCUCAGGGAGAACUACAUCGGCCCCGACAUCGCCGCCAAGGCCAUCGCCGGGUGCAAGGCGCUGGUGCGCCUCGACCUGUAUAUGAACACGCUCGUCGGGCCGCUCCCCGACGCACUGGCCGACCUCCCGGAGCUCGUCUACCUCAGCCUCGAGGCCAACAACUUCUCCGGGCCCAUCCCGGAGUCCUUCGGCGCCUUCAAGAAGCUCCAGUCGCUCUCGCUCGUCAACAACCUGCUCGGCGGCAAGGUGCCGGUGUUCCUCGGCCGCGUCGCCACGCUCCGGGAGCUCAACAUGUCCUACAACAAGUUCGCUCCGGGCCCAGUGCCCGCCGAGCUCGGCGACCUCACCGCGCUGCGCGUGCUCUGGCUCGCCGGCUGCAACCUCGUCGGCUCCAUCCCGGCGUCUCUCGGCCGGCUCGCCAACCUCACCGACCUCGACCUGUCGCUGAACGCGCUCACCGGCCCGAUACCACCGGAGCUUGCCGGUCUGACAAGCGCCGUUCAGAUCGAGCUGUACAACAACUCGCUCUCCGGCCCAAUCCCGAAGGGAUUCGGCAAGCUCGCGGAGCUCAGGAGCAUAGACAUCUCCAUGAACCGCCUCGGCGGCGCUAUCCCGCAUGACCUGUUCGAGGCGCCAAAGCUGGAGAGCCUGCACCUGUACCUGAACUCGCUCACGGGGCCCGUGCCGGAGUCCGCGGCGAAGGCGUCCUCGCUCGUUGAGCUGCGCCUGUUCUCGAACCGGCUGAACGGCACGCUGCCGGCAGAUCUCGGUAAGAACACGCCGCUGGUGUGCCUGGACUUGUCCGACAACUCCAUCUCCGGCGAGAUCCCAAGGGGCAUAUGCGACCGCGGCGAGCUGGAGGAGCUGUUGAUGCUCAAUAAUGUGCUCACCGGUCACAUCCCCGAGGGGCUUGGGCGGUGCCAUAGGCUGCGACGGGUGAGGCUAUCCAAGAAUAGGCUCGACGGCAACGUGCCCGGCGCGGUCUGGGGCCUGCCGCACAUGGCGCUUCUCGAGCUCAACGACAACCAGCUCGCCGGGGAGAUCUCCCCGGUCAUCGCCGGCGCGGCCAACCUGUCCAAGCUGGUUAUCUCCAACAACCGGCUAACCGGGAGCAUCCCCUCGGAAAUUGGAUCCGUCGCCAAGCUGUACGAGCUAUCGGCAGACGGCAACAUGCUCUCUGGGCCUCUUCCCUCCUCUCUUGGCAGCCUGGCAGAGCUCGGCCGGCUCGUGCUCCACAACAACUCGCUAUCUGGUCAGUUGCUCCGGGGAAUCCGUUCUUGGAAGCAGCUUAGCGAGCUCAACCUCGCCGACAAUGGCUUCACCGGAGCCAUACCACCGGAGCUGGGUGACUUGCCGGUGCUCAACUACCUUGACCUUUCCGGCAACCGCCUCACCGGCCAAGUACCAGCUCAACUGGAGAACCUGAAGCUGAACCAGUUCAACGUGUCCAACAACCAGCUCAGUGGCCAGCUUCCACCCCAGUAUGCAACGGAAGCAUACCGCAGCAGCUUCUUGGGCAACCCGGGGCUGUGCGGAGACAUCGCCGGUUUGUGCUCUGCCUCGCAAGGAAGUUCAGGGAACCACUCUGCCAUUAUCUGGAUGAUGCGGUCCAUAUUCAUAUUCGCGGCUGUCGUCUUGGUUGCCGGCGUGGCAUGGUUCUACUGGAGGUACCGGAGCUUCAACAAAGCGAAGCUGAGAGCCGAGCGCUCGAAAUGGACACUGACAUCCUUCCACAAGGUUUCAUUCAGCGAGCAUGACAUCCUGGACUGCCUUGAUGAGGACAAUGUCAUCGGUAGCGGUGCAUCCGGGAAGGUUUACAAGGCGGUGCUCGGCAACGGCGAGGUGGUCGCCGUCAAGAAGCUGUGGGGCGGCGCGUUGAAGAAAGACGUCGAGAACGCCGGCGAGGGAUCGGCGGCAGACAACAGCUUCGAGGCCGAGGUGAGGACGCUUGGCAAGAUUCGGCACAAGAACAUCGUCAAGCUCCUGUGCUGCUGCACGCACAAUGACUCCAAGAUGCUGGUGUACGAGUACAUGCCCAACGGCAGCCUCGGGGACGUGCUGCAUAGCAGGAAGGCCGGUCUGCUGGAUUGGCCGACGCGGUACAAGAUUGCACUGGACGCAGCCGAGGGGCUGUCCUACCUGCACCAGGACUGCGUCCCGGCGAUCGUCCACAGGGAUGUCAAGUCCAACAACAUCCUCUUGGAUGCAGAGUUCAGCGCUUGCGUCGCGGAUUUCGGUGUGGCCAAGGUGGUGGAGAUGGCUGGCCGGGCGCCCAAGUCCAUGUCCGUGAUCGCUGGCUCCUGCGGUUAUAUUGCUCCUGAGUACGCGUACACGCUCCGUGUCAACGAGAAGAGCGACAUAUACAGCUUCGGCGUGGUGCUCCUGGAGCUCGUGACCGGGAAGCCGCCGGUCGACCCGGAGUUCGGCGAGAAGGACUUGGUGAAGUGGGUGUGCAGCACCAUUGAUCAGAAAGGAGUAGAGCACGUCCUGGACAGCAGGCUCGACAUGGCCUUCAAGGAGGAGAUCAGCAGGGUCCUGAACAUCGGCCUCAUCUGCGCGAGCUCGCUGCCGAUCAACCGCCCGGCGAUGCGGAGGGUGGUGAAGAUGCUGCAGGAGGUGCGCGCCGACGCGAGGCCGAGGCUGGACAAGGACGGCAAGCUGUUGCCCUACUACUACGACGACACCUCCGAUCAGGGGAGCAGUGUGUAG